AUGCCAUCUGGAAUUAAAAAUGCUUUUCUGAUAGCAACAGGAGAAUUCAUAGCUGGAAUGUUGGGGAACAGCUUCAUUGUACUGGUUAACUGCAUUGACUGGGUCAAGAGUCAAAAGCUCUCAUCAGCUAACUGCAUUCUCACCAGCCUGGCUAUCUCCAGAAUUGUUCUUCUUUGCAUAACACUAUUCGAUUCAUUUUUAACGGUGUUCUGGCCACAUCUUUAUGCCGUUGAUAAACUAGCAAGAUUUGUUAGCAUUCUUUGGACACUGAGCAAUCACCUAGCUACCUGGUUUGUCAUAAGUGUUUUCUACUUCUUUAAAAUAGCCAAUUUCUCCCACCCCUGUUUCAUCUGGCUGAGGUGGAGAAUUAACAGAGUGCUACUUGUGCUACCAGUGGGGUCUUUAUUCUUAUUGUCUUGCAACUUUGAAUUAUUAGAUACAUUUACUAAUUUCUGGGUUAAUGUCUAUCAAAGAUAUGAAAGAAACUCAACUUGGUCCCUAGAUGUAAGUAAAACUCUGUAUCUUAACAGCUUGAUUGUUUUCAGUUUCAUCUACUUAAUCCCCUUUCUUCUGUCCCUGACCUCACUGCUCCUUUUAUUUCUUUCCCUGAGGAGACAUACCAGCAAUGUGCAACUGAACUCUGGCUCUAGGGACUUCAACAGAGAGGCCCAUAAAAAGGCCAUGAAAAUGGUGAUGUCUUUCCUUCUCCUCUCCACGGUUCAUUUUUCUUCCAUCCUAUUAACAGGUUGGAUUUUCCUUUUACUGCAGAAUUGUCAGGUCAAUUUGGUUGUCAUGUUAUUAUCGACUCUUUUUCCUCCAGGCCACUCAUUUAUUCUGAUUUUGGGAGACAGCAAGUUGAGAAAAACUGCUUUAGGACUACUGUGGCAUCUUAAUCACCACUUGAAAAUGGUGAAAUCUUUAGCUUCAUAG